AUGUCAGAGCAAGAUCCACUCCUGCCUUCUCGUGAAGCUGAACAUGACAUAGAAGCAGCAUCUGAUGGUGGCAAUGACUCAUCUUCGUGGAAGAAAAGAGUAGGAGAAGCCCUUGAAUCAUCUACAACUCACAAGAUCGUGAUCACAUUGAUCAUCACCGACGCUGUAUGCGUUCUAUCUGACCUGUCAUAUACUCUGUUGUCCUCCAAUUGUACUUCGCCCUCGGAGCCUGAGUCCCCUCUUUGGCUUGAUAUCCUCUCCGAAAUUUCCACCGCUAUCACCACACUUUUCCUCGUCGAAAUACCUCUGGCACUCUGGUCCUUUGGGCUUCAAUAUUACAACCCGAUUGGCUCCACAGUACACGCUGCGCUUCAUCUUUUCGAUGCAUUGAUUAUUGUCACCACAUUCGUACUCGAGGUCGGACUGCGCGGCAGAGAGCGUGAACUCGUGUCUCUGUUAGUCGUUCUGCGUCUGUGGAGACUUGUGAAACUAGUUGGAGGCGUGGCGGUCGGUGCUGGAGAGAUUGAAGACGAAACUCUGAAGGAGCUGGCCGAGACCAAGCAAGAGCUCCAGUCGGCACGCUCUGCGCUGGUAGAAGCUCGACGCCAAAUUUCUGAGCUUCAGGCAGUGCUUGAGGCUCAUUCGACGACGGAUGAACAGUAA